UAUUUACAAAAAAAAAAANGAUUUACUUUUUUUACCGUUGGUAAUGAUCUGCGCGAUGCAAUUUCGUGUAAUACAAGAUGUGUUUCAAAAUAUCUUUACUGAAUCUUCCGAAAGGCAGAAGAAAUUGAUUUUUGAAAGGGAAAAUAUUUCCGAUAAGGAAUUGGUGUUGAAAUGUUUGGAACAACACGAAUUAUUAUUGAAAUUAUGUACAAAUUUGGAAAAUUCAUUCAACAUCGUUAUUUUAAUUCAAUACGUGACGAGUACAAUGUCGAUUUGUUCGAGUGCUUUAGUUUUGAGAUUAGAUAGAAGCCAAUUCUCAAAAAUGAUGACGUAUUCGGUUGCUCAUCUCACCCAAUUAUUCUGUUAUUGCUUCGUUGGACAAGAACUAACACAUCAAAGUACACUUUUAUCAGAUAAAAUUUUUAGUUGCAAUUGGUGUUCAGAUUUCGAUCGAGAUUUUCGUAGAACGAUGAUUAUGAUGAUCCAAAGAUGUCAUCGCGAAUGCGUUUUAACAGCUGCCGGUAUAACCAAUUUGGAUUUUGCAGGGUUGAUAAAAGUUUUGAGGAUUUCUUUCUCAUUUUAUACACUUUUUGAUUCGUUAAUGACUCGAAGAGGACUUUAA